GUACAAUUUCAGUUUAGUCAAAAAUACAUAUAAGCUUAUAGUCAUUUGUGCACUCAUCAAAAGCAUUGUAGCAAAGUUAAUCCAUAAAAGGCACAGACUGUAUAGUUGGAGAACUUGGGGCCUGCUUUCAUCAACUACACAGUAUCCUGUGAAGCAGCAGUAAACCACCAUGAGGAAAAAUCUUCAGGGACACAUCCACUGUAUUCGCCCUACCCAGUCUCAUGCCUGUCACUUGUAUGUAGCAGAAAGAAAAAACAGCAGCAGCCUUGGUGGAGAGCAGUGGAGACGUUCACAGGACUGUAUAAACAGGAAGCAAGUUAAACCUGGGGAAUCCUGCCACUGGUUAGACCUGGUGAAAUUACAUUGGGAUUUUUACUGCUGCUUUCAGCCUGUGCUGGAUGGGAGACUGACCCUGAUGCUCCAUUAACACUGAGCAAAUUGUGAAUACUUAGCCUCAGUUUCUGGUUACCGCAAGGAGAAAGUGAUUAAAAGCAGGAAAUGCUGAAACAAGUGUCUGGGCCUCCCACUUUCACCUCGGCGAUUCCGUUCCGGAUCCUGAACAAGGGACCCGAUUAUUUUCGAAAGCAGAUGGAGAGCAGCAACAGGAAGCCGAGUGCGGUAGAGCGCCUGGAAGCUGAUAAAUUAAAGUAUGUGAAGAGCCAGAAAGUAGCGAAUACCCGACAGGAGCCAGUAAAGGCGAGUGAACCGGUCCUGUCCCCUACCAUUAGGAGGAGCCUUCACAGCCCCAGGAAAGCUGCGAGUGCUGGAGUCCGCAGGACAGAGAAUGCAGAUUGGAGGGGAGCCCUAAACCUGGAGACUCUGAGAAACCUCAUUUAUGAGACUCCAAACGCGCCAGGCAGCCAGCCUGAUCCGGGGGAGCGGACCACCGAGUGUAGCCCAGGGAAGCUGCCGCGCUGUGGCCGCCCGGAGCCGGGGGAGAGGCUGGGAGCUGAGCUGCACUCCAGCAGCGUGUUGGUGCCGCCUCAGAACGCAGCUGUCCGCAGGGUGGAUGUCCGUCCCAAUGUCAGCAGGGCCGGCUGGAGGCCAGCGUGCCCCUCCGUGGUCAGGUCCAGGCUAUCCUCCACUACCAGCUCCAGGGGCUCGCCGAGGAAAGCCUACCCCGAAGCGGCGGCCCGGCCACAGCUCUCCCUGCACCGCUCCAAGUCAGACCUGAGCGACCGCUAUUCCCGGGUCAGUGCCAACUUGGAGCGAUUCUUCAACUACUGCGGCCUGGACCCAGAGGAACUGGAGAGCAUGGAGAUAGGGGAAUGCUUGGCCCGAGCCAGCUCGGAUAUCGUAUCCCUCAAGCUGUACAGCGCUAGCAACCUCAGCUCGGAGUAUAACCGUUCCCAAUACAGCAACGUGGUUGAGGAGAGGGCGAACGAGCGCAUCCCAUAUGGCAUCUCCAUCAUUGAGCGCAAUGCCAGGGUCAUUAAAUGGUUGUACAGCUGUAAGGAAGCCAAGGAGUCUCACAGAGUGUCACCCGUAUAACGAAGGAGGUCCUGGGACAACGGAGAAGGAACAAAGUCUAAAAUUCCAUGAUCUUGCCUUUGAUGAUAAACUCAUAAUUUCAUUGAGACAAUGAAAUUUAAACUAUUUGUUACGUACUGCCACCUACUGUGUUUAGUGGUAUAUAUUUUAAAGGGCUGACGUGUUUGGAGAGUUUAAACUGUGAAAAUAAAGACUCAACAAAUUGAAAACUUCAAAUUGUAGUACAGUAUAUUGCAGCUUGCUGAAUAUCAACUGAAUAGAACUGGACAACUGAUGUAAUUUAGUUCAAAAACAUGCUGAGGAUCUUCCAUAAAUACGUGACUGAAUCUACCACUAAACCAAAAACAAGGACCAUGUUUUUACACCAGAUUUUUAAAAUAGUUAAACCAGGCAAAAUUUAUUCAAGGAAUAUGUACAUAUCUACUUCUAUUUGUUAAGUUUUUUUUAUAUUAAGGCUUAAGAGUAGUAAGUAAAAUAGCACAUGUUUGAGAUGUGUAGUAGGUCCAUUUCAGUUUAAGCUUUGGGUACAAAGUCUUAAUUCAAAUGAAUUGUCUACUCCAAAUAUUUCAUCAUCCCUAUUUCAGAUAGACUUUGCUGUACUUCAGUUUCCAAGCAGUGGGAUGUUAUUUGUCAUACUUUAUCAAGAUUAAGGAUCACAAAUACUGGUACAGUCUGCUACGUACAUGCAUCUCACGAGAGGUUAGUUUUGUUGUUUCUGUAUCUUUGUUAAUUUUGUAUAUAAAGUCUGCAAUUUGAUAUUUUGUUACUGUUUUAAAUUAACUGUCAAUAAAUGUGGGUUUCAGUGUUCAA